AUGCCAGUCGUUUUCAACGUCGCAGAGGGAGCUGGCAUCCCUUUGGAACUGUUGCUACAUCGGCAGACAACCCACCUCCAGGCACGUGAUGACCGCAUCUCGGACAUAUCUGGGGAUACAAUCUCUAUUCGCAUUGAGUGGCCUGGAUACCCAUCUUUUACGAAGCAAAUUGCUUCCAAAGACUGGAAGAAAACAAGGUCGCCGAACACACGCGAAAGACUGGCGGUCAAAAUUGCGGGCGCUGUUCACUCUUUCUUCAAGGAGCAUGCGAAAACUCCAUGCGAUCCCCCGAAUUCGAUAUGGCGUAUCGGUCCCACUGGAAUCCGCAUCGAGCAUCUCGCUCUCGUCUCACUACACCGCGUGUCACAGGGGAGUUGGCAGCCCAAACUGUGUCUCCUUCGUGACGAUGCUUAG